CUAAAAUUUGCUUUCGUCCCCAAUUUCAAAUAUGGUUUUGGUUCCGAAGAAAACAGAGUAAGCAAGAACUUCCCUUUGCGGACCCUCCGACCAAGCCGACCGCCGACCGCAAAUUAACAUGGCAAGACGAAGAGCCAAGAAAACUGUUAAGAAAUCUCCGCCGUCUCUUGUGAAUGAUGUAAACGGUGCCGUUGAGAAAGAGGCCCAAAUUGACAAGGAACAAGCUGCUUUUACGGAUCAGGAAGUUGAGCGACAGAGUGCUGCGAUUAGGGCUAUUCGUGAUGUGGAGAUUGAACACUUGCUGACCGAAUUGCGUUUGCUUCGCUCGUAUUUCAGCAAGGAACAACUACGAACUCCUGCGCUGAAAUUUUUCAAAGAAAACCUUCCGAACCUUUCGGUUGUUGGAGAUGAAGGAAACAAACAAUUCGAAGUGCAAUGGAACGAUGAAAACGGUAAUUUGUCCAUGAACCAAGGUGAUGGAGGAGACAUACACACGUCUCUUCUGCGCCGGUUGUCCAUGGCUUAUCCGGACUGCUCUGCUGCUAUUGCAUCUUUGGGUGGCUUUCAAUUUUCGAGCGAAGCGGGUAUUGUGAAGACAAGCCUUUUAGGUGCCGGUAAUCUGCAAAUAAGUGACUUUGUUUUGGAGGAGCCAUCUGAUACUCAGAUGCUUGGGAUGCAAGAUGGUCUACGAACUCCUGGGGUGAGUAGCCAAAGGCUGUCUGUUGGGAUGACACCGAAAACACGGAGGCUGCCCAAGCCUGGUGAGAUGCUUUUAUCUGUCCAUGGCUCACCCCUUGGUGUCUACAAGGAAGAUAACAUGGAAGCCAUACAUGAGUCAGAAGAGGGCUGACCAGCUUCAAUUCAUUUGGUCAAUCAUUGUUCAAGAAUAUGCAAAUACUUACAAACCCAAGACCGCUUGAAUGUAAUUCUGUCAUUGUACCAAUGCUAUUUCAAUAGCUGAAAAUGUUCUUUUAUUUCAAUGCACAGUUAUCUCUGUAUUGAGAUUUUGAGUAAAGAGCAGUCUUGCAUUUCUUAUUUGU